AUGCCACCAAAAGCAGCUGCGAAGGCAGGCGCGAAACCGGGCGCCAAAUCGGGGGAAAAAAAGAAAAAGAAAAAAGAGCCUGAAGGAGAAGGCUUACCGCCAUUGCAAGAUUCGGAGACGUCCUUACAGGAACGAGAAAUUGAUUUAUUGCAAGAUCUCAAUGAGGAAUUCUUUGGGAAGGCCAGUAAACUUAUACAAAAUUUAAUGGAAAGGGGGCGUAUCUUUGAAGCUUCCAAGAUUAAAAAGUACUCAGAUCUAUUGUUCAAAGUGCAUCGCAAGUAUUCCGAGGAAGUCCGUAAGGUAGAGGAAUUGCAACCGUUGAUAGGUCAAGCGGAAGAGAAAUUGCGUUUAGCUUUGGAAUUGACGGCCAACUCAGAAGAAACAAUGCAGCACUUAAAAGAGACUUUAGGCGAUGCUUGGCGAGAAUCUGAUGCAUCGCUGUAUCGCGAAGAAGAAAUUCAGGAAAAACUGCAGGAAGUGCUGUUGAAGUGCGAAAGCUUUGAAAGCAAAGAAGCUGAGAAACAAGACGAUUCUGCCGAAUUUGGUCAUUUGGCAAAAUACAAAAAUAUAAUUUUGAGAGAGCGAGAUCGCAUUAAUGGCGAAGUUAUUGAUCUUGAAAAGCGUUUGCAAAUGCAGAGAUACUAUUCCGAGUCUCUGGAGUAUAUCAUACGCAAUAAUGAGGAUACUUUAACUAAGACCUCGGCUACAGUAAAGGUUUUGGAGUCAGAAAAGCAAAAUCUGGAAUCGAAGCUGCGUGCGCUUAUGAAUAACGCGGACGAGCAAAAGGAGAUGAACGCGAGGCUAUUACAUAAAAUCGAUUUAUUAAAUCGAGAAGUGGGCGACACCAAUCUAAAGUUAACAAAGAAAACUGCGGAUCACGAUCGUAUGAAACUUAUUGUUGAGAAAUUUCGCGGCGAUAACACCGUGCAGGCGAAGACGAUAGUAAAAAAUGAAGAGGAAAUUGCCGAAUUACAUAAGGAGGUGAAGAAAAGUGAUGAAGUUAUUAAAGCGCUACGGUUAGAGGAUAAAGCCAAGGCUCACAGCAUAACCCAGCUAAACAAUAAAUACAAAAAAGCCCAACAAGAUCAUAGUUCCGUUUCGUCCAAAUUUUAUAAAAUUAAUCGGGUGAAUAACUCUUUAAACGAGGAAGUUGUCCGCUUAAAAAAUCAAGUGAACUCUUUGGAGAAGGGAAUAAUGAUCUCGGGUCAAAAGUAUGACGAACUUAGGCGUCUAAAAGAUAAUGUGACUAGAGAGCGGGACAAUCUGCGCAGCGAUAUUGUGAAACUGAAUAAUCAAAUUGCCGAUCUGAAGCAUACUAUUGUCAUCCAAAGUAACAAUAUUGACAAUUUGCAUUUGGAUAUCAACAAACUUAACGUCAAACUGGACGAGGCCAAAGUCAAUGUCGCGAAGGCUGAAAAGGAAAGAGGUGAAAUGGCGCAAGAAAUGGAGACUUUGCAUGAAAAAAUUGAAUAUUUCCAAGAGCAAAUUCAGUUGAAAAGCAAUCAAGUUACGGAUCUCACCGAAAAGCUGCAACAGAAGCAUUUCGCUUUAAUUAAUAUGAAAAAACAAUUGGAAGCUGUCCACUCAGAAAAAAUGAUCUUGCAAAGAAAUUUGGAAACCUGCACGCAAGAAAGAGAUAACUUCAGGGUGUUGCAAACGAAAACUUCACAUCAAAUAACUCAACUUACCAACGAAAUCUCAGCUAAUCAAAAUAAGAUAAACUCAUUGAAUUUGCGGAUUGAACGUUUAAAUAACGAUAAAAAAGAUCUGCAAUCUGAACUGAAGAACAAAGAGAACAUGUUGUCGAGUGCUAGGAAGGAAUUGAAGGAUGUGAAAAUUAAGAAUGAACAUCUUCUGAAAACCAUAUCGGACGACGAAUUGAAAUUUAUGAAAUUAUCGCAAGAACUGGAUGAGACUAGAAAGGAGAAGAAUUUAAUUGGCUUGCAGAUGGUACGACGUAAUGAUGAAAUCAUUUUGCUCAAAGAGAAAUUGCAAAUAACACAAACGGCUCUAGACCAAGGACAAACACAGUACAAUCAAAGAGUGGAGGAUAUACGUUUAUUGAAAAUGGAAUUGACUAACUUGCAGACGGAGCGGGAAUGUUUAUCGCGCGCCAUAAAGAGUACGGCUGAUAUGCGUGAAGAGAUUAUACGUUUGCAGCGAGCUUUAAAUCAAGAAAGGGUCAGAGUACGCUCGCUAACUGAAGACGCCAAAACACCGACAGGUGUGCAUCGUUGGCGUAUCCUGAAAGGCGAAGAUCCGAACAAAUUCCAAUUACUGGCCAAAGUCCAAAUGUUGCAAAGACGCAAUCUGAAGUUAGAGAUUGAAAAAGUCAAUGUCCAACAGCAGCUGGAAGAGUCGCGCAAAGUUUCUGAUUCAUUAAAACGAGUAAUUGAAAAUAUGCCCUCAAAUAACGUCAAGCAAAAGCUUGUAGAAACUCAGCGUAUUAGUAAGGGGCAAUUAAGGAAGCUGAAGGCCCUUAAGUCUGAAUUAUUUAUAAACAAAAUCGAAAUGAAAGCUCGCGAAUGCAUUAUCGAGGAAUUUAAGGCGACUCUGAAAUUAGCUAAGAAAGAAAUAUGCGAAAUCGACGUGCCACCCAGCAUGGAAAGUGUGAAACCUCCUAGCGAACCUGGUGCCGACAAUUUCGUCGACUGUGUGUUUGCGGACGAGGCUGAACCGCAAGAUAUAGACAUAGACGAGGAUCUGAAUUAA